AUGCAGGAAAAUAACAAGGAGAUUGACAGUCCAGAAGAACAAGAUGUCCCUCUUCAUGAUCUCGAGAACCAGCUAUCCACAUCUCGACAGCAAAAUCGUGUUUUGAGCACCUCUGGUAACUGGGAAAAGAUACAGGAAAAAUUGCUGAAUUCAUACAUUGAAGAACAGCAACUCCCAGACAAUCACAAGGCCGUGAAACUGAAUGCAAAGAUUAUUGAUUCUGGAGUGUCUAGGACUCAGAUGUGGCAAGAACAAAAGAAGGAAAGACAAGAGAAAAGAAGAGCACAUUAUGAGAAAAAACAAGAGAAAAUUUUUGAAAAGGUUGUGAAAGCCAUAAAGAAAAGUCAAGAAGCCAAGCACAGACAAUUACGGAUGGCCAAGAAACGUGCCAUUGGACAAGCUACAAAGGGUCUCCCAGAUACCCUGGAGAAGAAAGCAGAAGUAAUGGCAGCUAUAUCAAAAAGUCCACAAAUAAGGAAAGUGCUCAAGAAAUGCAGACUAAUAAAAACGCUAGGAGAGAAAGACGUGAUUGCACUUAAAGCGCUUGCUAGUGAUCUCACCCAAAGCCUUAAAGCCAUCAAAAAUGAAAAGUCAAACAAAGAAAGAGCUGCACUUAGAGCAGCAAAAUCACUUUCUUUUGGUCAAAAUGUUAAAAAGAGUACAUGCCAGAAGACACUUUCAGAACUCAUAGCCUUGGAUAGAAGAAGUAUCAAGUCAGGAAUUGAGAAACACAAAAUGAUCUUAAAAGAAAGAGCCCUUGUUGCUAAAUGGCCAAGGGAACAGCUAGAUUCUCUUCUUGAAAACCUUCCUCUUGAUCAAGCCCUGCGCAUCCAUGACUAUUCUGAGGAUUAUGUCUGUCGCUUUCAAGAUGAAAUCCAGUCCCAAUACUUUAAUGUAAAUAAAGUAAGUCUUCAUGUAACAAUUCUUUACAGAUAUUCAAAUGCUGAGGUGGAUGGUGUCCAGAGCACAGAAGAGGAACCACCAAUUUGCAAGGAGCAUUUGUUUCUGACCUCUGAUGAAGUCACCCAGGAUCAUGACUCUGUCCUUCACAUCCAGAACUAAUUCAAAGCAAUAGAAGAAUCCAACUACACCAUCAAGAAGAUGCAUGAAUUCACGGAGGGACGUGCAGGACAGUACAAGAGCCGGCACUGUUAUGGUGACCUAUCUUGUUCCCUGGCAACUCUUGGAUACACAGUCCAGCGAAACUACUUCGCCACCUCCCAUGCAAAGGGAGAACAAGUAGCAGCUAGCUCCCUUGUCAAACAGAAGGCGACUUCAGCAGUUCUCUCCAGGAAAGUCACACUAUCAAAUGCAAAAGAUAUUUCUAACUUUCUGAAAGAGAACUUCUCUGAACCAGCCGUUUCCUCAUUUCCUGCUAGGCAGAAGUCAGUGCAGUUAAAGCGGCGUGUCUUGUUCUAUUUGCCUUCUAAUGGAGAACUGAGUGUUGCACAUAACAGGGAAGCUGGAAGAUUCUGCACUGUCAAAGGCAUCUGACAACUACACUCUGUAAGGACUUGCAGUGAACAGCUUAUAGUCUCCAUGAGAUAGAGAUCUUGUUACUGCCAUGGUCACAUUGUCAAGAGUAUUGACAGCUGUGAAAAUAAGGAAUGGGUUGGCAACUGGAAGGAGAUUGUUCUGUCAAGAGAACCCUCAGGUGUCAAGUAUUGUGGCUGUGGCAGCUGAAGAUGACAGUCACUAUGAUAACUACCUCCUUAAAGUUACUAGCAGUGGAGUCAUUUCCCUUCAAGAAAACUUUGAGGAUCCUUUUAGUGGAAGCAUUUAUUCCGAAGGACAGGCUGUUCUUUUCGGAAAUUUCUUUUUAAGGGUGAACGUUAUUAAUUGUACAUAUAAACUGGAUGAUAAGGUGGCAGGAGUAUAACCAGGAACUGUGCGGUACAUCUGUGGACCACUUGUGUCAAAGCAAAGUAGUGGAAGGCCAAUUUAUCAAGUUCCAUUGGACGAACAUGAACAAAUUCUGGCAUCCCUUUAUCUGUUUUUGCCCUCAGUAGCUUGCAAUUAAAAUUGUCCUUAAAUAUGGUAGUUAAGCAUUUUUUACAAAAAAAGGGCAUGGCCGCAUUGCAUCAUGGGUAAUAGAAUGUUAGCUUAAAAUGCAUCUGAAUUGACUGAAAUGACAAUUUCAAGAUAGGAACCAAUUUCCUUCACUUUAGGACUUAUUUCUAACAAAAAUUGAUUCUUAAAUAAAUUUUUCAAUUUUACUCCAAUGUUACGCCUUUGUACAUCAGAACUGUGCUACUGAUCACGUACAUCAACUUUAUUUCAGUUUCUUAAAAAGGUUUAGCUAUUAGAGGUAAUGAUGGAGCCAGAUGGUAGGGAGUGAUGAGCAGGUCACUGCCAUCUUGAAUGGAAAUCUAUUGUUAUUGAACUUUUCAUUUGGUUUCCUUUACUUGGUAAUUUUAAAUUAACAGCAUAUUAUGGACGUGAGACUUACACCUUUCACCGUUUUUCAACAUCACUUUGUUGACUCGGGAAGACAUUGUCACUUCAUUUCUUGUUUUCAAAUUGUUUCUUCCAGAUGCAGUUUGCUUCUAUUUUUAAAGUGCCUAUGAGGUAAAAGAUAAUUGCUGCUUAUUUGAAACACUAUCCAAAGAAAAGAAAAAUGAC